AUGGUUUGGGGAGACCACCCACCUUACAAAGAUUCAGUUAGGAUUGUUGAUGGUGACAAUAUAUGGUUUGUAAGAGUAAAAAAAACUGAUGUUGGCCCAGUUCUUGCUGAUGGAUUCACCAAAUUGGUUAGGGGUACUUCUGUUAGAAAAGAUGACUAUCUUAUGUUUCAGACUUAUGGACCAACCUCAUUUUUUUUAAUGGUCUUUAAAUCAUGUGUUCAUAAAAACAUGUUCAUAUCCAAGUUCAACCCUCACAAAGAUGUUAUUGUAAUGGCAGAUGAGUAUUGGAAGCAAUUUUAUGGAAAGACGUUCAAAGGUGGUCAAUCAACUCUGUAUUUAGGAGAUAGGUUUUGGAACGUUAACAUGGACGGCUUAAGUGACAGAUGUGUUUUUAGUCAUGGAUGUUCGGAGAUGAUAAACGAACUUGCCUUAGACAGGAGAUCUACCUUUGUUUUCUCAAUGCAUGGAAAUAAAGUCUUCGAGCUUUCAGUAUUUAAUCAUCAAACCGGUACUCAAAUUCAGAACAACAGGGUUGAGUUAGUAGUUUUGGACGACCCAAUCUAUCUUGACGAUUGUCAUGAAUUUGCUUUCGAGGUCGCACAUAAAGAGGAGUGUAUUGAUGCUGGAACUGUCAUUGAAGAAGAUGUUGUUGUGGAAAGUGAACAUGUAAAAGCUCAUUUGGCAAGUUUUGAAGAUAUGUUCAAUGAUCAAGAUGAUGCCAAGUUUGAUACCUUUUUCUCAUCUCUACUUGAAAUGGAAGACCUUAAGAAGAAGUUCAAAGAGAAUUGGGAUUCAAAAACUGAAGGCAAAGGCAAAUCAAGUGUUGUUUGUGAUGUAGAUUCAAAUAUGAAGGAUGACCCGAAGGCGAAAAGUGUUGUUAAUGUUAAUGAAGAUAUAUCUUUAAAGGACAAAAACAUGAGUGACAUGGAUCUCGACAGCUUUUUGAUACCGAAAGAUGUUAUGGUGAAUGAACCGGUUCUGUGCUCCACAGUUGUUUCUGAUUUCAAAGAGAAUUCGGUUUCAAAAACUGAAGGCAAGGGCAAAUCAAGUGUUGAUUGUGAUGUAGAUUCAACUAUGAAGUUAUUGUUUUACGAAUGUUAA